AAAGUGGGAAUGAAGUUUCGGCACGUGAAUGAAGCGCACGCGACUGAGUUGACAGAGUGAUGGCGCCUAGCACGCGCGCACCGACUCGAGAGAAAAACGAGACACCCAGAUUAAGGAAGCCCGCGGUGGAGAAACUGCGCAGAGAUCGCAUCAACACAGGGAUCGAGCGCCUGAAACUGCUGCUUAAGGACGAACUGAAUCCUAAACGCAAGCUGGAAAAGGCGGACAUUUUAGAAACGGCGGUUGCGUACUUGAAAAAAAGCAAGGGGCUGGCGCGCGCCUCUCCGGACCAGAGCUACGCUGACGGCUUCGCGCGCUGCUUGGAAGAGACCGCGCGCUUUCUCACGGUGCAUAACCGAGUCGAAAAGGGCAAACACAUCGCGAUGAGCAGUCUGGGUCAUGCAAUACAUCCUAAGGCGACCGGAAGUAUCAGCGUGAGAGUGAAUGCUGUCAAGAGUACCCCUGAACGCACCGGGGCAGUUUGGAGACCGUGGUGAUUCCUAACAAUAACAAAAACAAGACCCUUACUGAGCCAUGUUCAUGGUGCUCUUAUUGCAUAGAGUAUCACUGUGUUAAUGUAAACAGAAGCUGUUUUAGUGUAAAUAACUUCGCCUGUGUGAAGCUAAUAAUUCUUUACAAAUUGUAAAAUAAUAAUAAUAGUAUUAUUAAUAAUAAAUAAUAAUAAGCCAUAUCUAGAGGGGGAAGGUGUGUAGACACUAGGCCCAAAAACACUAGUCCACUAAAAUAGAAACUGUCUGGUACAGGAAGCCCAAAAUUCCUACUGUUGCUCCUGAUGUCCUGUGUUCCUGAAUUCCUGUGAAUAUUGUCUAUAGAGACCUUGAUUAAUAUUGUUGUUAUUAUUAUAAUUAUUCCCUGUAUUUGAUCUAUCAUAUUGAUAGAAUUGUCUGAAGUAUGUCUGUAACAAGACAAUAAAAAGUAACCUGGA